AUCCCCAAGAAAACAAAUGAAAAAUGCAAGCUCCAGAACUAGAAGAUGUCACAUUAAUAUUGAGCAAAGAAGAUGCGUGGGAAGCAUUUAAACAGGUGCUUGUACCUCAAAGGCAGAGCAUCUGUACUCAUGCUGGACUGAAAGUACCAUUUUUUGUGACUUCUAAAAGUAUUUCUGAAAUAGCCAGUCUUCCCCUUGAUCCUAGUGAUGUGUGGAUAGUUACCUACCCCAAGGCUGGAACAACAUGGACACAAAACAUUGUGAAACUGAUCCGAAACAAAGGAGAAAAAGAUGGUGUUCAAUUAAUGCGAAGUGUUCCAUGGGCAGAAGCAAACAGCGAUCAAAGCGUGUUCAAAGUCAAAGUCAACCUCUCCACUUUACCUAAACCUCGUGCCUUCAAGAGUCACUUGCCCUAUGACUUAAUGCCGUGUGGUAAACCAAGCACCACUCCUUGCAAGUACAUCUAUGUUGCUCGUAACCCAAAGGAUGUUGUGGUCUCUUAUUUUUUUCACCACAAGCGGUGGCAGGUUAGGAAGGAUGCUACUUUUGAUUGGAAUAUAUUUUUCCGCAAUUAUAUGUAUGGCAAUGUUGACUUUGGUGACUUUUUUGAUAAUGUUUUGAGCUGGUGGCCUCACAGAAACGAUGAUAAUGUUCUCUUCCUCAUGUUUGAAGAUAUGAAGAAGGAUCCACGUGCAGCCAUCACUCGUAUUGCAACGUUUAUUGGUGCCGACGUCUCCGAUGAGGUGAUCGAUAAAGUUGUUGCUGAGACCUCUUUUGAUUCAAUGAAAAAAGAUGAAACUGCCAAUUAUUCAACUGCACACUAUUUUGCUAACCCUGGUUCGACUCCAUUCAUGAGGAAGGGGGAGGUGGGCGACUGGAGGAACCAUUUGACGCCCGAGCAAUCUGCAGAGAUUGACCAACUCUGUGAAGAGAAGCUCAAGGACACUGGACUAAUGUUUGACUUUGGAGAGUAAAAAUGUAUACAUGUAUAUAAUUAUAGUUAGACCAUUAUGAUCUUCUUGUAGCUUCCUAUUAUUUACUUUGUGUGGUUAACAAAAAUAUAAUGUAAAGAUCUGAAGUAA